CGUCAUCCUGACCAGCACCGCCUCUGCAGUCCAGUCCCCCAUCACCCAGACCGGGUCCAGUCCAGCUGCCAUCACCCUGACAGGGGUCAAACCUGCCAUGAACGGGCUGGCUCAGCCUGCGGUGGCUGUGGUGAGGCCUCCGGGCGGCCCGGUGGUGGCCACCUCCCUCCAGCAGCAGAGACCCGCUAUGGUGGCGAGCUCGACCCGGGCAGCUGCCCCUCUGGCUGUCCGGCCCCAGCAGCAGACCACCAUCCAGCUCCCCCCCGGCUUCAGCAUGCCUGCUGGUAUGGUUCUGGUGCGGACGGAGACGGGUCAGCUGGUCAUGGUCCCUCAGCAGGUCCUGGCUCAAGCUCAGGCCAAGACGCAACAGGCCCAGACGGUGGCCAACAUGACCCAGAGACCUGCCCCAACCACGGCUGGGGCCGCCAUCAGGGUCAGCACCACCACCACGGCUCCUGUCACAACUCAGACCGUCCGCCUGGCGUCACCCGCUCCAACCAGGAUGGUUCAGUCUCCCUCCACCACCACUGUACAGAAGGCCAUCACCGUGGCCCCUGGCGGUGCAGCGGUGUCUGUGAAAAUGGCGACACCACAGAAGGCUCCAACGGUGAUAACAGCCGGGGGGGCGCCUGCAGCCAAACCUGCUGGUGUCCCGUCCACCACCAUGACCCCCGCUGCCACAGCCACGCCCCCCAGCAGAGUCACCGUGGUGUCGCAGGAGAUGCAGGAGAAUGUGAAGAAAUGCAAGAACUUCCUGGCCACACUCAUCAAGCUGGCGUCCCACAAUUCUCCCUCCCCAGAUACCUCCAAGAAUGUGAAGGCCCUGGUGCAGGACCUGCUCGAUGCUAAGAUCGAGCCAGAGGAGUUCACCACUCGGCUGCAGGCUGAGCUGAAGUCCUCCCCUCAGCCCUACCUCAUUCCUUUCCUCAAGAAAAGUCUCCCUGCCCUGCGUCAGUCUCUGCUCAGCAGCCAGCAGUCUCUGAUGACAGCCCCCAGCACCUCCACACCACCCUUGGCCGCCCCCGGCUCCAUCACCACCACGGCCAUCAGACCCCGGCUGCCCGUCAGUCCGGCGAGCAGCACCAUCAAACUGAACCCGCCACUCACUAACACAACAGCUCUGGUACGAUGAGUCGUUCAGGUGUUC